CGCCGCUCGGGGCCGGUUGGGGGGGGCCUCGCUGCAGCUGCCGCAGCCGCCAUCGCCGCCGCGAUGCCGAAAGGAGGUAGAAAAGGAGGCCACAAAGGCCGAGCCAGACAGUACACAAGUCCUGAAGAGAUUGAUGCCCAGCUCCAAGCAGAGAAGCAGAAGGCCAGGGAAGAGGAGGAGCAAGAGGAAGGAGGUGAAGGAUCAACAGGGGACCCCAAAAAGGAGAAGAAGUCUCUAGAUUCAGAUGAGAGUGAUGAAGAUGACGAGGACUACCAGCAAAAGCGCAAGGGAGUGGAGGGCUUGAUAGACAUCGAGAACCCCAACCGCGUCCUCCAGACCACCAAGAAGGUCACUCAGCUGGACCUGGAUGGGCCCAAGGAGCUCUCGCGGCGGGAGCGGGAGGAAAUAGAGAAACAAAAGGCAAAGGAGAGGUACAUGAAGAUGCACCUAGCUGGCAAGACAGACCAGGCGAAGGCAGACCUCGCCCGACUAGCCAUCAUUCGGAAGCAAAGGGAAGAAGCUGCCAGAAAGAAAGAAGAAGAAAGGAAAGCAAAAAUCGAAGCAGCCAUGGCAGGUAAAAGACUGCAGUCACUAUCCCUUAAAAAGUAAGCACAGGACAUGCAAGAGGAGGAACCGCCAGGGAGCUGUGCCUGGUGCCUGCCAGGAGCUCUGCCGUGUUGCAUCCCAUAGCUGCCACCUAGGGGCUACUGCGGCAUCGACCUCACCUUCACCUCCAAGAGACACUGACGAUGUGUUUGUCCUCAUCCUGGCACAGAUUUCCAUUUGGGGUUAGGGGCAGCUGCUCCCUUGGGUGCAGAACUGUGCUGAACAGCAAUUCUCUGUAACAGUUUGGAAACCUGAAUGUUUGGGGGGGGCUUUUUUUCUUGGGUUGGUUUUCUUUUGGUUU